AUGAUAAAAAAACUAAAAGGUAGGCAAAGAAUACAAUUAAUAGCAUGUAAUAAUAUAAAUUAUGUUUAUAAAACCGAAUUUCAUUUAGGAGAAUCCGCGUGGAAAUGGAACCCAACGCUAAAAAGUUUUAUAUAUAAAGAAAUUAGUCAAAUACAUAUAAUAAGAAUCCCCGCAUUUUUACUAAUAAUAGGUAAAGUGUUAAAUUUAAUUAGAGAAGUAAUGCGAUUUAGAGGAAAAGUAGUAAUCGUAGCGAAUAAUUUAGCAAAUGGAAAAGUAAUUGAACGAUUAGUAAAGACAAUGAGACAACCAGCGCUACUAACAAAAUAUUAUGCAGGAGGGCUAACACGAAAAACGGAGAAUCUUAGACAAUAUUUAGAAGCAGACAAAGGAUUAACGAAUCUGAAAGUGCGAUCAAAGUAUAUAAAACAACUAAUAGGAUUACAAGACUUGGAGAGAAAACCUGCAUAUAUCGUAAUCUUAGAUGCAAUACAAGGAAAAUUUUUAAUAAAUGAAAGUGCAAUUUUAGGAAUACCAACAAUAGGCUGUGGAGAUACAACAAUAAAUUUUCCAAAAUUGAACUAUCCAUUAAUAGGAAAUUUUAAAAGUAGAGAGAAAAGAGGUUCAGUAUUAUUAUUAAUAAAGCAUGCAAUGUUUGAGGGAAUGAGACAAGAAGCGACAAUAUUUGCAGAGUAUUAUAAUAAAUAUACAAGAAUGUACAAGAGCUUUUUAAAGUAA